AUGUCGUACUCUCAAUAUGCCGGGUUUUUACAAGACGAAAUUGAUCGAUAUCAGAGCUUUCAAGUGCCCCAGCUCGAGGGUUUGGACGCAGACGUUGCAAGAUCGAUACAGCUGACACUUGCACGAGAGCUGGCACAACAACAGCAGGACGCUUUUAGACUGGUCAAUCGAGACAAAGUGCUUCUGGAAAUUCAAGAAAACGAAAGAGACCUUCUUCGACAAGAUCUGAAUCGAAUUAUGGCCUGUGUGGGUGAUCUGCCGAGAGAAAGAGUUGGAGCAGAUCUCAUCGAAUUACAAGAGGCUCGAGACGGGAAAUUCGUAUCACUGGAACAAUUGAUGAAAGACAUUGACAAUCUUCCGCACAUUUCGGUGGUAGAUUCUGAGGAUCUUGAUUCUGAGUCGCUGCUGAAAGAGUACAAUGAACUUCGGGACGGCUUGAAAAACAAAGCCAGGGCAAUUCGUGACGCCUCCAAUCUCGCACCAGAGCUCAAACGACAGCUUGAUCUGUUCACAAACCUGGAACACGCCAUCCAGCGCGAAGGGAGUGAACCUUCUGAUUACUACACACAUUUUAAGCAGAACGUCAUUGCGCAGGCGCAAGAAACGGCCAAAUUGGUAGAGACUGUUUUGAAAAAGGACGGGAAACUGCCCAAGGACGCUGUGCAGCAGUUGAACGACAUCAUUUCCACACUCGAGCUGAUGAGGUAG